AUGUUGAAGAAGAAAGGGUCAGAAUAGUUAGACAUUAUAUUCGAGGCAGGAGAAGAUCUAUUGAACAUUUCCAAAAAUCAAGUAAUCAUGAUUAAAAACAAUUCAAUCAAAUUGCCAAUCAUCAGGCCUAGGACAUUUUUAUCAUACAGUCUUGAGUUUUGUGGGAUAACUAAUCUUAAUUAUAAGAUGUUGAGAUUUCAAUCCUUAGGCAGAGACAUUAGAUUUAAGCCUGAAACAAGUAUUAUGACAGCUUGUUUAGUCAAAGUCAUACAUACUACCGAGUUUUCUUAGAUGGCCUAAAAUCCUCUAAAGACUUCCUUUUAGACUCUCUUUAAUCAUGGUGCCCAUAGCGACAUACUACUUUAAAUUAAUGAUGAACAGCCUUUACUUUUGCAUAAAUGUAUUUUGGCCAGUAGAUCACCUAAAUUUAAUGGAAUGUUUUCUAUGAAUAUGAUUGAGAGCAAUUAGAGUGUAUUAAGGGUGGAAUGCAAAAAGCCUGAUUUAUUCAAAGUCAUGUUACAGUGGAUCUACUGCGGCUAUUGGAAGGAAUUUCCAGUUGAGAUUGAGGAUACUUGCGAUUUAAUGUUAUUGGCUGAUGAAUAUUUGAUAGCUGAUUUAAAGCAAAAAUGUGAAGAAGAUAUAAUAUCAAAAUUGAAUAGCAAUAAUAUUUUGUAAAUAUUGUAGUUUGUUGAGAAGCAUUCAAACAUCAUUUCAUCAAUGUUAUUGGAAAAAACAAAUUCCAUGUUUAUUGAUGAUUUUGAUAAAAUACACAAAUUAAAUUCUGAUUUGGAAAGAGAGAUAACUAAAGUACCAGGGUUAAUGACAAAGUUGUUCUAGAAUUUGCAUCAAAAGAAAAUUAGGAAAGGGAGAAAGGUGCAUUUUGUUGUGGAUGACUUCGAUAAUCAGGAAUCUGAUUCUGAUGAUUAUGUUAGAAAUUAUACAUAACAUUUUUACUAAUGA